AUGCGGGAAACGACGGGAGCAGUCGUUGAUGGCGACCAACGAUGCAAGCCCGCAAACCUCCAGCCGAUUGUUCAUCGCCGACCGUCAAACAAAAGUUCGGUUCCUCAUCGACACCGGAGUGUCGUCUUUCUACACACAAAACUGCCAAAACUGCGAGCAAAGUCCAACUACGAACUUUCCGCGGCAAAUGGCACAACCACCGCUACAUACGGGACGAUUACGCUUCCGCUGGACUUGGGGCUACGAAGACAAUUCACCUGGAGAUUCGUCGUAGCGGAUGUUUCCAAGCCCAUUAUUGGUGCCGACUUCCUAGCCCACUACGGAGUCCUGGUGGACAUCAAAAAUCACCGGCUUUUGGACCAAGUCACUCAUCUCACCUCCAAGUGGAGAGGUGGUCGAUUCUUGCAACGGUUCCCAGAAAUAACGCGACCUAACGGUACGGCUCAAGUCGCUAACCGCGCCACGAAACACCACAUCGCAACCACUCCUGGACCGCCGACCUCGCAAAACCGCCGCCAAAAAAGAAUUCGAACUCAUGGUGCACAUGGGUAUCGCCCGCCCAUCGCAGAGUUCAUGGUCAUCAUCCCUACAUAUGGUCAACAACGCCAGAACUAUCCCAGAUCGCUACCCGGUAAAACACAUCCAGGAUUUUUCUCAGUCGCUGUCUGGAAAAUCAAUUUUUCUACCAUCUACCUGGUGCGCGCAUUUAAUCAGAUACCGGUCGCCGAAGAAGAUAUUCCGAACACAGCCAUCACGACACCUUUCGGCCUAUUUGAGUUUAUGUACAUGACUUUCGGGAUACGAAACGCGGCUCAGACCUUCUAG